AUGGCCUUCAACUUCGAUAGUGGUCAAUUUAACAGCGAAUCGACACCGAAGCGCUUGGGUAACUGGCAAGUCCCACGAUGGGCGCCAACAAGAGCAAGACCGUUAGAAAUGCGGCCAGAUCCGAAACCCAUAUGCGAUAUCAACGGGCAUUUCUUGCCAGGGGCUCCGAGAGGCACGUCGCGAUGUUUCGGCCAUUAUACUGGCACCUGGGAACUUCCAAGGAAAAUAACAAGAAAAGUUGCGGAAGAGUUAGCAAAGGAGCCGCCGAAUGGGAGAUUUCCAGAUUGGUUGAAUCUUCGCGUUCAGAGGCCGAAGGCUGCAGCAGCAGCGCGCUUGCGCGCCGAGAAACGCGGCAAACUUAAAAGGGAGCCAAACAAGCUCGACUUGCACGACGAAGACGAAGACGCACAGACGUUCGAAGUGAGUGAAUAA